AUGAGUUCGGUUAAUGAAGAUAGGUCUCUUACAUCUGGAAUUCCGAUUCCACAAUGGAUGAGAAUCAAGACUGAAAAUUAUGGAUUCGAUCCGAGUACUUUAUCUCCACCAACACAUGAGGGGGAUUUUUUUUACAUCAAAUAUCCAAAACCGCAGCAAAGUGGCGAAUCGGUUAAAUUGAAAAGCAUAAAUGAAAUAAUAGAAGUGAAAGAGAGAGCAUUUAACAAACACACUGAUUCAUGCAAACAAUUCAUUCCAAUAAUUCAAGACACUGUCAAGGUGGACAAACCGAAAGUAAUGAAACCCAUGGGAGUGGAUGAUGGUUUCAAGGGUGAAGGAGCUGCUUGUGGAGCUUCUGUCGUCGAAGUUGCUCAUCAAAUGAUAUCGAACAAGAACAAAACGAUGAGACCUUUGACUCGAGUCGAAACGGAAGGAAAUUUGUCACCGACAUCAUCGUAUUUGAGAACUCGCCGAAAUAGUAAAUCCCUUCCCGCGAGCCCACUAUCAUCACCGAUAACGAAAAGGAAAAACAAUCAUGGAAACAAUUCAAAUGGUUUGUUCGGAUUGAAUUUUCAAAGCGGGGAAAAUAGUUUGCGUGGGAGCGACGACGACAUUGAUAAAAAAUCCGGUUCGUCGUGGAUACUGUCGAGUUUGUUUGCCGCAUUGGAAUCGACCGAGAGUAAAAAAAAAGAUGGCGGCAAGGAUGGGAGCGGUGGAAUCAUCGUCGACGUUAAAAAUUCUAAUAAAAUGACCGAAUAUAAUAAAGACAAAUUGAAAAAAAAACCGUUGAAUGAAACGACGGACACGGGAGUCGCCGUGGAUUCCAUAGCUCCGACCUCUGGAGUCUCGCAAAAAAAUUCAUUUUUCAAAUCCAAACCGUAUCUGAGAGAUUUAAAUUUAUUAACUCCGACUUCCAUGUAA